ACUGUCAGCCGCAGCCCGUUUGGAAUCAUUGGUCAUAUCCAUUCCGGACGACGCGACUUAUGAAGAGUGAUUUUUGUGCAUGGACGUGUCUCGCCGCUCCGAUUUUUUACCGUUGUAUACAUUAAUAAGGGCCGAUCAGCCGAAGCGUAAUUAAUGCCUUUUCAUCUUAUAAUGCAUUCAGAAAUGGAGGAAUAUGAAGCGGACGUGUCCGUGGUGGACGUUUACGAUAUUGCUUCGGAAAUCGGAAAGGAAUGUGAAAAAUUGAUAGAUGUUUUCGGGGCGGAUUCCGUGACUAGUCUUAUGCCAAAAGUGAUUAAUGCCCUGGAGUUAUUGGAACGUUUGGCAACAAAGAAUGAACGGGAAAAUACUACCGUCCAAGAACUCCGAUCCAAGAUUUCUCAACUGGAGAAUGAUAAGAUUGAAAAGGCAGAGGAUAGGCAAAGAUUCGAAAAGGAGCUGGAACAAAUUGAGGAUCAUUGGAGACAAGAAUCGCGAGAUUUGGUGGGUAUGGUAACGAGAUUACAAGAUGAGAACAGACGAUUGGCCACAGCUUUGCAAGAGUCGCGCAGCGAUAGCGAGGACAGCGGUAAACAAACAUUUAUGGCUAGUCAAGAGGUAGAUGUUGCUGUCUUACAACGUUUACGAACUAUGAUAGACCAACAAAGAGACCAGAUCCGAGCCAGGGAUAGAGAAUUAUCCCAAAAAACCUUGGAGAUUGAAAAUUUGAGUGGGCAAGUUGAAAAGCUGGGAGUAGUGGGUCGAGAACUGAGACGUAAACAGCGCCAGGCGCAAAUGCAAGCUAGAGGUCUUGUUGAGGAGCGUGCAGAUUUUCUCGCGCAACUUCAGGAUCAGAAUCGAGAACUUAUCAACCUCCGAGCUCGACUUGGCCUAGCUAGAAAAGAGAACGAAGAUUUAACAAAGUGCCAGCCUACUCCAGAUUUUGCUAACAAAGCAGUUUAUGAUUUGGAUGAUCCAGACCGGCCUCGAUUUACUACUGCUGAACUGAAAGAAAUUUUACAUGAAAGAAAUGAACUGAAGGCCAGAGUCUCAGAUCUCGAAGAUGAGCUGGAACUCUACCGCCCCAAGCCUGAGACGACCUCGACUUUUACUACCCCGUAUAGUGGGCUUCCCGCGAUUCCAUUUAGUAACUGGCAGAAUCACAGUGCUACUCCCACCACCUCAGUGACUAAUGAUGUUGCCCCGCCUGACGAUGACAAAGAUGCACCAGUACAAGGACCAUUGCCUUAUGAGCCAGAUGAUGCACCUUGGAAGAAGUCAUCGGAGUCAGGCAUUCGCAAAUUCUUUCGCAAAAUUUUCUCGGAAAGCAGUGGCAGUUUUCUAGGCAGUAGCAGUCCACGAAGAAGUCUUUCCAGUCUUUCUAAAAUGGCACUAUCUGGAAAUGGCGCAAGCGAUACAUCGAUUUAAUUAGUUGCCUAUUAACUGAACGUACUGAGUAUAUGAAAUGCUAUUUGAACUCCGUGAUGAGGAAGUAUUUUUAGCUGAACUUUGCUUAAGUUUAAUUUGUGUGGUAUAUAUUAUCAAGUGUCUCGAAAUCGAGAACGUUUCUGUUUAAAACCUCGUGUUCGACUGAAGAUGCAUUUAUGUUCCUGUUUGUAUAUAACUGAUAAUUGUGGUUGAAUUCUUUUAAAUGAUUCCUAUUGGGGGGUCUAAUAUGUUUGAGAAAAUUUACUAGAAGUGUUUUGAAAAUUGAAAGAUAUAUUUAUCUCAACUCAUCAGAGAAUACGAAUCGAAUGUAUAUUAGGAUUGCUGUUAAUAAGUACGUAUUUUAAUUAUCUGCAUUGAACACAUAUCGGCACUUGAAAUCUAAACCAUCAUUCCAAAGAAAGAUUUUAGUGAAAUAACACAUUCACAUGAAACUUAGUAUAGGACAUUAGGAUCUGUUAAGAAAAUAUUUACAUCGGAUAUACAAUUGGAUUGAAAUACUAUCAAAGCUUUUUUUUUCCGAGUUGGUAGAUACCUAUUAUCCCUGAAACAUUAUUUUGCUGUAUCGGCGCACCCACACUCACGAUUCGUGUUAUUUUAAUGGUAUAAUUGUUACUGUGAAACACCGAAAUCUGAAGAAUAUCGACUUUCACCGCUGAAUGUCAACAUUCACAAUGGUCGAUUAGUGUAUGUGCAAAAUAUUUGAUAAAUACCCUUAUUUCUAACUUACCCCGGUAAUCGUGGACAAUCACCAUGCAGAGCAUGUCGACACACACCGGAAAGGGUCCGAAUAUACAACAAUGUAAUGAAAUAUUCGAUCUUUCACCGACGUAUUUGGUAUCUGUUGACAUUCACCGGUGAAAGUCGACAUUCUCUAAUUUCGAUCAUUUACGGUAACAUAGUCAUGUGUAGAAAAAUGUUUGAUUUCUGCAUACAUAUUUGACGAGAGUCCCAUGUAAAUAUGCCCAAACACAACUUAUCUCGUAAUUGUAAAUUGAUAGAGUUGAAUGUCAAAAGACCAUUACCAUGUAUACAUAGAAAUAUUAGGAUAUCGAGAAUCCAUUAAAGAACAUUAAAAAAAACAAUAUAAUGUUGCUAAUAAUGAGUGAGGGUUGAAGAUUGAUGACGUAUAUUAUUCUUCUGCUUCACAUAUUUUAUAGCACUUAUUUCUAAGCGGUAUAACAUGGAACAAAAUUACUAGCUCAAGUUUAUCGCAAUAACUCAGAAUCGUUGAGAUUAAACUCAUUGAAGUACAUUUCUUUCUAAUGUGUAAAGUAUUAGGUCAUAAUCUAUAGUCUGCUGCAUUGAGUGGUACGUACGUCCUUUGCAAGAUAUAAUUCUAGAACCAUUCACAUGAUUACACAAAACUAUAAUUCUUCAAAAAUAUUGCAGAAUCUGUUAUUUGGAAAUAUUUUGAUCAAAAUUGAUUCAAUAUGCUUGCAUCAGUUCUUUUCAAACCAUCCAACUGUACAAAAAUUGUUCAAUUAACAUGAAAACUACUCCUUAACGACUACGAACACUAGGUCUUAUCAUAAGCCUAUUUGGACAUCUCAUUAGAAUAACAUCUACUAAUCUACAUUAUAGGUGGUUUUCUUGUCUUCAUUCAACUUUCUUUUAUACUAUAAGAAAAAGAAAUCAUCCUCUAUUUAGCUAACGUAUGCCUUGAUACAAUUAUUUACAAAUCAAU